CUGUGUGAUGUGGAGGAGGACUCUGAGUACAGUGUCCAGUUCAGCAAGAACAACAGGGGCCUGGGAUUCACUGUCACCAGCUCCAUAGGGGAGCAGAACUCUGGGGUGCAGGUGAAGAGCAUUGUGAAGGGCAGCUCUGUGGACCAAGCCAGUCAGAUACACAUCGGAGACAAGAUCUUAGCUGUGGAUGGUGUCAGCCUGCAGGGCUGCAGUGAGCAGAGAGCCCUGGAGGUCCUCAGGAAGACAGGCCAGAUAGUCAGACUGAGGCUGAUGAGGAGGGCCUCUAGGAUGGGUAAAACCAUGAAGUUGCCCCCUCCACACCUGGAGCCCUACGUCGUCACCCGUACAGAGACAGGGGAACUUGACAAGACAGACCAGACUGGUGUCAUCAACAGAGGAAAACAAAUGUCUCUGCGUGAGAUGUCCAGAAGAGCCAGUAUGAUGUACUCUGAACAACGACUAGACGCCAGCUGUUAG